CCAAAAACAGAAACACUGUUGUUUAAACACUGUGUUUACUCACGUGACCAUGUGUGCUAUACUCAAUUAACCCUCAGUUUUUGUUCCACACAGUCAUGAAUUAUUGUUUUCAUCAUCUGCCUGUCUGAAACAAACCAAGCGAGAUUUACUUGGAAGUCUUGGUGGUUUAAUUAUUAACCAAGUUUAUCUAAACGCAAGAGCUUUACGUGUCUCUCGUAAAGCUCUUGCUUUGAGUAGCCACUACACACAGCAAACACCACCAUCAUGGCUGGUAAUGUGAAGACUUUUACAGUGGGAUAUAAUCCCAUCAACGAAGAGGACUUUUUCAUGAGCGGCGACCGCCUCACGGGUCAAGUCACCUUAGAGAUGGAGAGCGACGGCAAAAUACAGUCAAUCAGUGUGAAGAUGAAGGGAAAAGCAGAAGUGAAGUGGACCGAAAACCAUGGGAAAACUUCUGUGACAUACCAUAAAAAAGAAAAGUACUUCAGCAUCAAGCAGUUCAUCAUUCCAGAGAGCCACGGCAAUAAUGCGGUUGUGCACGGCUGGCAUGUCUAUCCAUUCACCUUUCAGAUUCCAGCACAAGAGCUGCCGUCCUCUUUUAAAGCCUCACAUGGGAAGAUCGUGUAUUCGCUGGAGGCAAACCUGAGCAGGCCCAUGAGAAUGGACAGCAAAGCUAAGGCUCACUUCACUGUCUUCCACAGAGGAAACUCAAUCAGUGACCCGGCACUAAGGACUCCACAGCACAAUAUCAUUGAUAAGAAACUGAAGCUCUUUGCAUCAGGAGCGGUGGGAAUGGAUGUGAAUAUUCCACAAACUGGCUUCAAACAAGGUGAAGGCAUCACAGUUGUGGCCUUCAUUCAGAACAAAUCCUCUCGUGACAUUAACCCCAAGUACUGCGUGUAUCAGAAGAAGAGCUACUUUGCGAUGGGAAAGAGGAGGGUCGAAACCAAGGACAUCCUGAAAGAGGUGGGCGAAGCCAUUCCACGUUCUACCAGUCAGUCGGUCACCAGGAUCAUCACGAUCCCUCCCACCACACAAGUGUCUAUCUUGAACUGCAGCAUCCUCAAAGUAGAGUACAGACUCAGGGUGUAUCUGGAUGUUAAGUACGCUUCGGACCCUGAGAUUAAGUUCCCCAUAAUCAUCGUGCCUUCUUUAGCAGGGGGUGAACAGCCACAACCACCGGAAUAUUCUCCCUAUGGAUUUAAUGCAUUUGGAAACCCAGGCAUGCCAGGAGGAAGUGACUUCCUACUAAACCCACCAGCCAUGAACCCUUAUGCCCCACCUCCAGCCUAUGGCUCUUAUGCGUUGUAUCCCACCUUGAAUGGCUAUGAUAAGAAAUACUAAGAUAGUCACAUUAAGGUGAAGGUUAUGUCUUUGGCCACGUUUUGUCAGACUGUCAAUGCUGGAUUUGGAUGGAAUUUGUACGUUAUGAUGCAUUUACGAAAUGAUUAGAUUUUACUGGUGAGGUUGUGCGGUUAUUAAAAUUAUAUUUGUACAUAUUAAAGUAAGAAAUUCCAAUCACACACUCUAUUGGAUAAUCACAACCCAUUUUUGGUCCACCUAAAUUCAUCUAUUUAUUAACAACACCUCAGUGACCACUACUGCAUAAGUAAGUUAGUCUUGUGAGGUCAGUUAGCAGCGAUACCUGAUCGUUUUCCUGUUGUCAGCAUCUGUACAACAAAAUAUCAUGUCUGAGAAAUGUAAAAGUACCAAAGUCUCACUGGUUUUAAAAAGAAAACAAGGCAAUAUCUCAUAAUUAUUUUGCAUAAUUAUUUAUGGAUAUGGAUUUCAAAGUUGAAAGUGGUUAAUCUUGUGAAAUAAUGGAGUGUAUCGAGACUGUGGGAAACUGAGUGGACUCAGCAGAGCAGAGGUCACACUGUCAACAUCCUUGUGUCUGGAGAGUUCCGCCAUCAGGGUGCACGUGAUGUUAAUUUCGUCAUUUGCCCAUGUUUUUGUUGUGCAUGCUUAAUGUUGCGCUACACUUUCCAGUCUUCUUGCCAGUUCUUGCUGAUUUCUCAAGAGUAUGAAUGAAGGAUUGCUCAGUUAAAAACAGUACAGUAUGGGGCUGUUAUUGGGUUGUCUUAAUCAGUACCAAUUGAUUACUGAUUACUUGAAGGCUGUUUGUCCAGUCUCAGCAUUUCUGGGCAACUGUUGAAUCAUCCAUCAGCUUCUGUAUCACAGACAGGAUGAAGUCCAUAUCUUAUUUCACUUGUGUUUAUGGUUUUGUGCUUGAGCUGAAAUACCUCACACAUGGUCGACACAGUCUUUUCUUGCUUCUUUAAACACAUCUUCUGUCUCCUUUGUGAUGCCGGUAUGGAGUUGGCUGAAAAAAAGACAACAAAUUGUGGCAUCAUGAAACAAAGGCAACACUGUGGAUCCAUAAACUCUCAUUCAUAAUUGUUAGGAAAUAUUCCAUUGUUAUAUUUUCCUGGCUUUAGAUUGUCGCUCUAAUGUGGUCAGUGAUCUUGGGUCGAGGCAGUUAUGUAAUUUUACUCGUGUGGAAAAGAGAGAUAACCAAGCGAUGAUAACCCUUCAGUCACAUGGUGUGUGACGUUUCUUUCCGCUGGAGAAUUGAGCCUGAAUGAGUCAUGCUUGUCACAAGGUUUCAAUUACGGCCAGAAGGAUGUGUCUUUUACUACUAAUGGGAGCAGUUUUUUUCACAAUGUGUGAGUGGGUUAGCUAUUGUUUUGAUUUAGAUUUUUGUUUUAUUUUAUAUAUUUAUUUUUUUUGUCAGAGAAGUUCCUGUACUCAAGUGCCAUCUCCUAAGCCAGGUGCACUUGCACCUUAUGGUGGACUGCUGUAAUGAUGGUGGAUCCCCACUUUCUGAACUUUACAUUAAAAUAUUGUUUUAUUACUAAUAAAGAAAUUACUGUGACAA